UUCAGACUAAAAGGAGAGGAGACAAGCUGUCAGAGUGAGAGGCUUCCAGAGCAGCCGCAGCAUGUCUCUGUACCGCAACUCCGCCUGGUUUCUCAAAGGACUCACCGAGUUCACCAAGAAUGGCCACCUGGCAGCAGCCAAGCGCUUUGCGGAGAAGGACCUCGAGGUGUCCGUGGCUGGCCGCUCCUUCAUGAUAACUGGAGCCAACAGCGGCAUCGGGAAAGCUGCUGCCAUGGCCGUUGCCAAAAAAGGAGGAACGGUCCACAUGGUGUGCCGGAACAAGGAUAAGGCCGAGGAGGCCAGGGCGGACAUCGUCAAAGAGACGGGAAAUAAAGAGAUCUACGUCCACAUCCUGGACCUGUCGGAGACAAAGAAGGUGUGGGAGUUUGCCGAGGGCUUCAAGAAGAAGUUCAAGGCGCUCAAUGUGCUGAUCAAUAAUGCAGGGUCCAUCAUGAGUCAGCGGGACGUGAAUGCCGAAGGACUCGAGAAGAGCUUCGCCGUCAACGUCCUCGGGGUGUACAUUUUGACCAAGAGUCUGAUCCCUUUACUGGAGAAGAGCACAGAUCCCAGAGUGAUCACAGUGUCAUCAGGAGGAAUGCUGGUGCAGAAGCUCAGGAUAGGAAAUCUGCAGUCUGAGAGGGGCCGCUACGACGGGACCAUGGUCUACGCCCAGCACAAAAGGCAGCAGGUGGUGAUGACAGAGCAGCUGGCCAAGACUCACACCAACAUCCACUUCUCUGUCAUGCACCCUGGCUGGGUGGAUACUCCAGCAGUGGCCAACGCAAUGCCGGACUUCCAUCGCUCCAUGAAGGACAGCCUCCGGACCCCAGAGCAGGGGGCUGACACGGUGGUGUGGCUCGCCAUCUCCGAGGCUGCAACCAAAAACCCCAGCGGGCACUUCUAUCAAGACCGAAAGGUGGUGUCGGCCCACUUGCCGCUGGCCUGGACCCACAGCUCCCCUCUGGAGGAGCAGAAGCUCAUGUUGCUGCUGGAGGACCUGGCCAAGACAUUUCAGCCCCACUGAGCCAGCGGCACCCAGGAGACGUCAGCAACACUAACACCACCAGUUUCUAUUGAUCGAGGCUGAACAGGGAGUACAUCUACUUUAUCCAAAGCACCUCCAGCCAUAAAGGUUUAUGUGGAACAAAAUAAAAAGAUCCUUUAGGUACUGAGGUGCAUUUUGGAAACCCAGCCUAACUAGCAGAGUGAAUUUAGAAAUAACUGAGGGAUUUGCAGAUUAGUAAUGCUUUACAACUAACUGUGUUUAACUUUUUUAAGGACAUUUUUGUUUUUUUGUGUGCAGAAGUGUUUGACAGUGGUGCUGCUUUUAUACAUACGGCUGAGAGAGACGUUUAUAACCCAAACACACAAAUGUAACCGUGACUUUGUUAAAGUCAAUCAGAUGGGAAUCUGAUGUGGCCAUGGUCACAUUUUGUGAUCACACACCAGUCAUGGGUUCAGCGUCACGCUGGUGUUUCUCUGACUUACGCACGUGUCAAGUGAUGUGCAUUUAAUAGCCCUGUCAGUAACCUGUGUAUGUGCCGUGUUGUGUUGUGGAGCUACUGUACAAUACCAGAUGAACCCAGACUGGAGGUGACGCGUCCUCUCAAACACAAGCGAGCUGCAUCACUCGACAUAUGCAACGUGUCUGCAGGUCUGUGACUUGAUGUCCGCCCAGCCUCUUUAAGAAAGCUUUUGACCCUCUCCCCUUAGCUUUGCCUUGACUGAAUGCCGUGAACACAUGCAUCAAUAAAAUAAAACUGAAACGUUUCGC